AUGGACGCCGAUGCUGAGCUUGGAGAGGCGCUGGCCAUUAUGUUCACGGUGACCGCUUCUGGGCUUCUGGUCAUCAUCAUCGGCACUGGAGUUCUUCACAGAACCCGGCGCAGCAUCUCCGCUCUUCUAUGUAGCGUUCUUGCGGCGUUCUGGGCGUGGGGCUUGAUCAGGGUAAAGAGGUUGAGCUUCUGGCUCCAGCGCAAUGGCCGCUCCGACCAAACGUUUCCGUUGAUGCCAAUACAUUUGUUCGAGAUCGUGUCAUAUCUGAUGCUGCUUCUAACACUCCUGUUUCGUAAUCAUAUGAGACCUGGUCGAGCUAACUUGCAAGCAGGUAUGGCCUGCCGGAUGGUGAUGGAACGGUCGUCACGCCAUCUUGCAAGACCAUCGGUGCUUCUCUUCCUCGUUGGACUGGCCAUCACGGGCUACGGCAUGGCUGCCUUCUUCCAUGGUAACUUGGGUGUCUACUUCGUUACCAUCGGCUUGGUAGUAGUCAUCACCGGCGUCUGGUCAUCACACCGUGACACCGUGGGACAUAUGGAUGGUGUUUCCCUCAUCGUUUACGUUUUGGUGCUCCUGGUGUCCACCUAUAUAGCAGGCGAUUGGCAGCAUAGUGAUUUCCAAUAG